CAGUUUUUCCAAUACCGUCGGCAUAGCGUUGUGGUUUUUGUCAUUUUGAAGUUUGAACAUUCCCAUUCUGACUCGCUCCUUUUUCAUAUAUUGAAUGAAUGAGGGAAUCCUCAAUUCUCGUCUUCUUUUUAUACCUUCUUUCUCGCACUUAACUCCUAACUAUCCAUUUUAUUUUUCCCAUUUCAUUCUUACAGUUAGAACCAAAAACCAAUCUUGGAUUUUUUUUGGGUUGAACACAACUUCUGCUGCAAAUUAAAAAUACAAACUUUGAACUUUUUUUGGACUCACCAUUGAAGUAGUGUUAAUAUAACUGGUAGAUCAGAUGGGGAUAGAGAGUAAAUACCAAAUGAAGGUGGUAGAAGGAGAUAAUGGCUACGUACUUGAAGAUGUCCCUCACUUGACUGAUUACAUCCCUCAUCUUCCCACUUAUGAUAACCCAUUGCAAUCUAAUCCAGCAUACUCAGUUGUGAAGCAGUACUUUGUCGACAUGGAUGAUACAGUUCCUCAAAAGAUUGUUGUUCAUAAGGACAGUCCACGAGGACUACAUUUUCGGCGUGCUGGUCCCCGUCAGAAGGUUUAUUUCAGUUCAGAUGAUGUUCGUGCUUGUAUUGUUACAUGUGGUGGUUUGUGCCCUGGUCUAAACACAGUGAUCAGAGAAAUUGUACAUAGCCUUGACUAUAUGUAUGGUGUAGAUAAAGUCCUUGGAAUAGAAGGAGGCUACAGAGGUUUCUACGCAAAAAAUACUAUCAAUUUGACACCAAAGCUUGUAGAUGAUAUUCAUAAACGUGGUGGUACAAUCCUUGGGACGUCACGAGGAGGCCAUGAUACCACAAAGAUAGUUGACAGCAUACAGGAUCAUGGAAUAAAUCAGGUCUAUAUAAUUGGUGGCGAUGGGACUCAAAAAGGAGCCGCUGUCAUUUAUGAGGAAAUUAGGCGGCGUGGUCUCAAAGUUGUUGUUGCUGGGAUACCAAAGACAAUUGACAAUGAUAUUCCAGUCAUCGACAAGUCAUUUGGCUUUGAUACUGCCGUAGAGGAGGCUCAACGUGCCAUCAAUGCAGCGCAUGUUGAAGCUCAAAGUGCUGAGAACGGUAUCGGUGUGGUGAAGCUAAUGGGCCGCUAUAGUGGAUUCAUUGCAAUGUAUGCCACUUUGGCGAGCAGAGAUGUUGAUUGCUGUUUGAUUCCAGAGUCACCCUUCUAUCUUGAAGGAAGUGGUGGUCUCUUCGAAUUCGUUAAGAAAAGGCUCAGAGAAGAUGGGCACAUGGUUAUUGUGAUAGCUGAAGGAGCUGGACAGGAACUUCUUGCAGAAGAAAAUUCCCAUGCUAGAAGCGAACAAGAUGCUUCAGGAAACAAGCUUCUGCAAGAUGUUGGUUUGUGGGUAUCCCAGAAAAUCAGGGAUCAUUUUGAAAAAAAACUUAGGAUACCCAUUACUCUUAAAUAUAUAGACCCAACUUACAUGAUUCGUGCUGUUCCGAGUAAUGCAUCUGACAAUGUAUAUUGCACGAUUCUUGCUCAAAGUUGUGUUCAUGGAGCUAUGGCAGGGUAUACAGGCUUUACCUCGGGGGUUGUCAAUGGUCGUCAAACAUAUAUUCCAUUCAAUCGCAUUACUGAGAAGCAAAAUAAGGUGGUCAUAACUGACAGGAUGUGGGCACGGCUUCUUUCAUCGACCAAUCAGCCAAGCUUCUUGAGCACAAAAGACAUUGUUGAAGUGCAAAAGGGGCAGCACCCACCAACUCAGUUACUAGAUGGGGAUAAUAAUGACAGUGAGACUUCAGGAACUUAUUUGAAGGUUUUGGAUCUGUUACCGUGCCUCAGCUGUGGGCAGUAACAGAUGUAUAUUGAAGGUUUUGUUGUAUCUAGUGAAGUUGCGCCAAAGCUUCGUUGUAUUCAUGAUUUAUGAACCAUAUUUAUUUGUAUGUUGUGGAGGUGUUGCUUCCCAAUUUUUUGGUUUUCUCCUCUCUGCAUUUUACACUUGAAAAAUGCUGCUGUGUAUGUCUCAGUUUCUGUACCUACAGAAAUAUCAACUACUGAUUCAAGAAUUUCAAAGUUGCA